UGCGUGCAGUAGAUCUUUACCUUUGUAAUUCUAAAGCAAAGGCAAAAUACAUAAUUAUGGCUAAAGCGACCUCACAAUGAUAAAUACAAAAUAUAGAUAAAUACACAGUGUUGGUAUUUAUGCCUCCGCUAGUACACAGUGUAUUUCUGAAGUGAGGAAUGUUUUGUUCACAGAGAUUUUGAUAUUAGCGAAAGUGGCUAAUUGUAACGAUAAAUUCAGUUGCUUUACGUAUGAGUUUGUGUAAAACGUCAUCACGCCCUAGUAACCUCGGCAGCGUCUUGGGAAGAUAGACCGCUAGCUAAAGCAACAAUAUGGGUUUGCUGUCAAUCCUUCGAAAGCUAAAGAGCACACCUGAUCAGGAGGUUCGUAUCUUGUUGUUGGGUUUGGACAACGGAGGAAAGACCACGCUACUGAAACAACUGGCCUCUGAGGACAUCAGUCACAUCACUCCCACACAGGGCUUCAACAUAAAGAGUGUUCAGUCUCAGGGUUUUAAGCUGAAUGUGUGGGACAUCGGGGGACAGAGGAAGAUCAGACCCUACUGGAGAAACUACUUUGAGAACACUGACGUGCUGAUUUACGUCAUCGACAGUGCGGACAGAAAAAGAUUUGAAGAGACGGGACAGGAGCUGGCUGAGCUGUUGGAUGAGGAGAAGCUGAGUGGGGUUCCAGUGCUGAUCUUUGCCAACAAGCAAGACCUGCUGACGGCUGCCCCAGCUUCUGAGAUCGCUGAGGGACUCAACCUGCACACUAUCCGGGACCGCGUCUGGCAGAUCCAGUCCUGCUCCGCCCUCACUGGAGAGGGGGUACAGGACGGAAUGAACUGGGUCUGCAAGAGUGUCAAUGCUAAGAAGAAGUAGCACAGCGGUCUGCUUUCUCAUACACACCCUAAGCCUGUGGGAGGACGGGUUGUACCUGUGAAUGUACACACUAAACAUGGACUUGAAGAAAGUUUUUAACUGCCUUGCUGGUCACUACACAUUGUUUACUAAACUACAAUUCUCGCUAGAACUACAACUUCCAUUGUUGCUCUUCAAAAUUGAGUAUUUGUAUUUGCGGGUACAAAGGGAAGGAAACCCAUCCCAGGAGACCCACCAGCCUAACCAUAUGACCUCCACCCUGUUAAGAAAUUCCGCCCCAGGACAUUCCAGACCUUUCUACUGUCCUUCACCACAACACCAGCCUCUCUUCCCUCUCUCCUAGCCUGGGUACCAGUCCGUUUGUCUUAUAUUCCACUCCUUGUACUCUGUCAUACUGUAUGCCAAAGCAUAACAGGAGUGGCAAGGAGUGGAAUGAUAGCAAAACAGACUGUUACCCAGACUACCUCUCUCCCCCUCUCAUUCAAUCUCUUUCUCCUCUCUUUCCACAUUUUUUUCUUAUUCGUACAGUUUGCUCAGUUUUUUAUUCCAAGCUCUUUUCUCGCUGCAGUUCUGUUGGAAGUAGGGUAUAUUUAUGUAAUUCUCUAUUUAUGGUGAAGUAGAGGGUAAUUUGCUUACAAAUAACGGAUACGGUGUGUGGUUACGGUUAAUGGUUUACUAGGAUGACAGGGCAACAUUGUAUACUGUGAUUUACUCCCCUGUGAAAAGGAUACGUGUGUUAAUAUGUAUAAAAAACACUAGUGCAACUCUGAAAUGGCGCUCUGUUCCCUAAAUAAUGAACUAGAGUCGACCACAGCCCAUAUGAGUAGAGCCCUAUCUAGUGAAUAGUGUGCCAUUUUGGACAAAGCCUAAUAAAUCAAAUGGAAAAAGACUACAUUUUGAGGAUCAAUUGUACAUAACUUGCCCCCAUAUAUGUUUUUAUUUUACCUUUAUUUAAAUAGGCAGGUCAGUUAAGAACAAAUUCUUAUUUUCAGUGACGGCCUAGGAACAGUGGGUUAACUGCCUUGUUCAGGGGCAGAAGGACAGAUUUUUACCUUGUCAGCUCAGGAAUUUUAUCUUGCACCCUUUCGGUUACAAGUCUAACGCUCUAACCACUAGGCUACCUGCCACCCCUAUUCAUAUGUUAUGUUAUGGGCAUGCAGUAGAGUAUAUAUUACACCUGUAAUGUAUGUGUUGAUCAGUGGAGGCUGGUGGGAGGAGCUAUAGGAGGACAGACUGGAAUAAUUGGAACGGUAUCAAACAUGGAAACCAGAUGUUUGACUCUGUUCCGGACAUUCCAUUCCAGCCAUUACAAUGAGCCCGUCCUCCUAUAACUCCUCCCACCAGCCUCCACUGGUGUUGAUAGAUUUUAACAGGGAUAAAUGACAGUGUAUUUCUCAAGUGUUUCAUUGUCUUGGGUUUUAGAGGGCAUUUACACAAAGCUUUUUCCUUUUGAUAUUCUUGAAUGUGAUCUGUCCAAGGAUUGAAGGUCCGUGAAUAAAAUGUGAUGGGAAAAGUUG